CGACACCAUCAUAUCGCGAUGAAUCUCGAACAUUACGCGAUACUCAUUUUAUCUUUUCUCCUUCUUGUAUAUAUUCUUCACAAAAAUCGAAAAGGCCGUCGUCUACCGCCUGGCCCCUGGCAACUUCCGCUCUUUGGCUACCUUCCAUGGAUCGACCCGGAAAAACCUCACGAAACUCUGACGAAAUUGUCAAGAGUUUACGGCCCCGUAUGCGGAUUCCGCAUGGGCUCCGUUUACACCGUUUUACUGUCAGAUCCACAACUGAUACGUCAAUCGUUUGCAAAAGAUUCCAUUACGAACAGAGCACCUUUGUACCUUACCCACGGAAUCAUGAAAGGUUACGGUAUAAUUUGCGCGGAGGGGGAACAAUGGAAGGAUCAGAGAAAAUUUAUCAGCAACUGUCUACGAAAUUUCGGUAUGGUGAAGCACGAAGGAGCGAAACGUGACAAGAUGGAGAAACGAAUAUCGGAUGCAGUUAACGAAUGCGUAUCAGUAUUAAGAAAUCGUGGUGCGAACGGCCCGAUCGAUCCGUUGGACACGCUUCACCACUGCUUGGGCAAUCUUAUCAAUAGCAUCGUGUUUGGGAAAACGUACGAGGAGGAUGAUCAAAUUUGGAAAUGGCUGAGGCAUCUACAGGAAGAGGGUGUGAAGCAAAUUGGCGUCGCUGGACCGCUCAACUUUCUACCGUUUCUCAGAUUUUUACCGCAAUACGGCCGAGUGAUACGGUCGAUCGUCGAUGGAAAGGAUAAAACGCACAAAAUAUAUCGGCAAAUACUCGACGAGCAUCGCGCACGAAUCGAGUCAGAGAAUGGAUACAAGAUCGAUAGUUUUUUGGCGGCAUUCGACGAGCAAAUGAGGAAGAAAAAUACCGCGGAAUUCGGAUAUUUCACGGAGCCACAGCUUUAUCACUUGCUUGCCGAUCUGUUCGGCGCCGGGACCGACACUACAUUGACCACCCUUCGUUGGUUUCUCUUGUUCAUGGCNUAAAUAAUAAUAAACAAUUUUUCCAUGGAAAAAGUACAAUCGGAAAUGGAUCUGUGCUUGAAGGAAGGAGAGCAGCCUACGUUGAAUGACAGAAUCGCCAUGCCUCGUCUCGAAGCAGCCAUAGCCGAGGUGCAAAGGAUAAGGAGCGUAACCCCUUUAGGUAUACCUCACGGAACAUCAGAGGAUGUGCAAAUAGGUGGUUACGAUAUACCGUGCGGCGCCAUGAUCGUGCCCAUGCAGUGGGCCGUCCACACAGAUCCCGCUUAUUGGCACGACCCCCUCGAAUUUCGACCCGACAGAUUCCUGUCCGACGAUGGAAGUUUCUUUAAACCCGAAUCCGUUUUUCCCGUUCAAAAUGGGAAGCGCGUUUGCGUUGGAGAGGAAUUGGCUAGAAUGAUACUGUUCCUGUUUGCCGGGCGAAUCCUGCGUGCGUUCGUGGUGUCCGUACCACAGGACGAGACGGCCGAUCUCGAAGGCGAGUGCGGUAUCACGCUCGUCCCGAAGCCUCAUCGGUUGGCGUUUAUCGAGCGGGAUCGAUAAAAAUUUUCGUUUCUUCCUUUUUUUCUAUUUUUUUUUUUUUUUUUUU